AUGCACCUUGUAGAAGUAUCUACUUUGGAGGGAUGCCCUGUAGACCACUCUUUUUUGAAAGCGACAUGUCCUGUGACAUCAUCGAACAAUGAGCUAAACCCUUUAAAUAAUAUGCCCAUGGGUAUUUCGAGCGAACAUGCACCAGGCCAAAAGAUCCGCUUACCCACCGAACGAACUAUAUCUAGCAUCCCGCGAGGCGAGUCGCAAGACCAAGGGUUAUGGGAGUACCCAUCACCACAGCAAAUGUUGAAUGCAAUGUUGGCCAAGGGAAAAGGAGAUGGCAUACCUGAAGACGCAGUUGAGUCCAUGGUGGAAGUGCACAAUUUCUUAAACGAAGGCGCAUGGCAACAAAUAUUGGAGUGGGAGGAUAAGUAUACUAAGGAAACAAAGAUUGAGCCUAGGUUGAAGAAGUUUACCGGAAAGCCUCAUGACUUGUCACCCAAGGCAAGAAUGUAUCUAUGGUUGGGUAGUGUUUUCCCCAAUACUUUCAACACAACGCCACCAUUUGACAGGCACGACUGGACAGUGUUGAGAAGUUGCGGAAAGAACCAAGGAUGGAAGGAGGUGAGGUACAUUAUUGAUUAUUACGGGGCGCCGGAUGAUGAGGAGACGGGAAUGCCUUCAUUUGUGUUGGACACGCGGCCGGCAUUGGACAGUGCAGAGAGUCUACGAGACAGAAUAGUUACUUUUGCAAAGCCGGUAUGGCACAAAGCAAUGGGGGAUGAUGUAGUAGAAAGGAUAUAG